UGCACGCGCUGCGCGCUCUCCGGCGCGGGGUCGGGCUGGGCUGAGCGGAGCAGCCUCCGGAACCGGCCCCCUGCAGCCGCCCGGACCCGACAUGGCGGAGCCACGCGGCCGCCCCCCGGGAGCCGUCAAUCCCGUCAGGGCUGCUCUGUCUGACGGUGAACAGCAGCAGGCAGGCUGGGGGCUCUGAAGAGGAACACUCCCCAAUCUCCCUGGCUCACUGUUUCCAGUUCGUUUCUGGGUUUGUGUUCCAGUUUCUGUCCUCCCUUGGUGUCUGGCUCUGCGUGACAGAUAGCAGCAGCCUGCCGUGAUGGGGUUCCUCUGAGCCCUCAGGAGAGUGCUUAAGGCUUGGAUGGUGGUGCUGCUCCUCACAGACAAUGUGGCUGAUACUUCAGAGACACCCGUCCUUGUCCCCUGUUCUCCAAGUGCCUGAGUUGGCUGCAGGCCGGGACCUUUGCCUCGUGCUCUGGGUUCUAAGCUUGGCCAUUGUACAGAUGGAUGGCCAGGUGUACUCCCCGACUGUCAACACGCACUAUGGGAAGUUACGAGGGGUCCGGGUUCCACUGCCUAGCGAGAUUCUGGGUCCUGUGGAUCAAUAUCUGGGGGUGCCUUAUGCAGCCCCUCCCACUGGGGAGAAGAGAUUCAUGCCCCCUGAGCCACCCUCCUCCUGGUCUGGAAUAAGGAAUGCUACCCACUUCUCACCGGUCUGCCCUCAGAACAUCCACAGUGCAGUCCCGGAAAUCAUGCUGCCCAUCUGGUUCACCUCCAAUCUGGAUAUAGUUGCCACGUACAUUCAGGAUCCCAAUGAGGAUUGCCUGUACCUCAACAUUUACAUUCCCACCGAGGAUGUAAAACGGAUUUCCAAGGAAUGCGCCCGAAAGCCCAACAAGAAAAUAUGUAGGAAAGGAGGAGCCAGCGCUAAGAAACAGGGCGAGGACUUAGCGGAUAAUGACGGGGAUGAAGAUGAAGACAUUCGCGACAGUGGGGCCAAGCCCGUGAUGGUUUAUAUCCAUGGUGGCUCCUACAUGGAGGGCACAGGGAACAUGAUUGAUGGCAGCAUCCUGGCCAGCUACGGCAACGUCAUCGUCAUCACCCUCAACUACCGUGUGGGUGUGCUAGGAUUCCUGAGCACCGGGGACCAGGCAGCCAAGGGGAACUAUGGGCUGCUGGAUCAAAUCCAGGCGCUGCGCUGGAUCAGUGAAAAUAUUGCCUUCUUCGGGGGGGACCCCCUGCGAAUCACUGUCUUUGGCUCCGGCAUCGGCGCCUCCUGCGUCAGUCUGCUCACUCUCUCCCACCACUCAGAAGGUCUCUUCCAAAGAGCCAUCAUCCAGAGCGGCUCUGCCCUCUCCAGCUGGGCAGUCAACUACCAGCCUGUGAAGUAUACCAGCCUGCUGGCCGACAAGGUGGGCUGCAACGUGCUGGACACUGUGGACAUGGUGGAUUGUCUGCGACAGAAGAGUGCCAAGGAGCUGGUGGAGCAAGAUAUCCAGCCAGCCCGCUACCACGUGGCCUUCGGGCCCGUCAUCGAUGGAGAUGUCAUCCCGGACGACCCUGAGAUCCUGAUGGAGCAGGGCGAGUUCCUGAACUAUGACAUCAUGCUGGGGGUGAACCAGGGUGAGGGGCUGAAGUUUGUGGAGGGCGUGGUGGAUCCUGAGGAUGGUGUCUCGGGCAGUGACUUUGACUACUCUGUCUCCAACUUUGUGGAUAACCUGUAUGGCUACCCAGAGGGGAAGGACACUUUGCGGGAGACCAUCAAGUUCAUGUACACAGACUGGGCAGACAGGGACAACCCCGAGACACGCCGCAAAACCCUGGUGGCCCUGUUCACUGACCACCAGUGGGUGGAGCCGUCAGUGGUGACGGCCGACCUGCAUGCCCGCUACGGGUCCCCAACCUACUUCUACGCCUUCUACCACCACUGCCAGAGCCUCAUGAAGCCCGCAUGGUCUGACGCGGCCCAUGGAGAUGAGGUGCCUUAUGUCUUCGGGAUCCCCAUGAUUGGCCCCACUGACCUCUUCCCUUGCAACUUCUCCAAAAAUGACGUCAUGCUCAGUGCCGUGGUGAUGACGUACUGGACCAACUUCGCCAAGACUGGGGACCCCAACAAGCCUGUCCCCCAGGACACCAAGUUCAUUCACACCAAGGCCAACCGUUUUGAGGAAGUGGCGUGGUCCAAGUACAACCCUCGCGACCAGCUGUACCUGCACAUUGGCCUGAAGCCGAGAGUGCGAGACCACUACCGAGCCACCAAGGUGGCCUUCUGGAAGCACCUGGUGCCCCACCUGUACAACCUGCACGACAUGUUCCACUAUACCUCGACCACCACCAAAGUGCCACCGCCAGACGCCACGCAGAACUCACACAUCACCCGCCGGCCCAACGGCAAAAUCUGGACUACCAAGCGUCCAGCCAUCUCCCCAGCUUACAACAGCGAGAACCCCAGGGAGAAGUGGAGCCCGGAGCAGGAGGCUGGAACACUGCUGAUCGAGAACCCCCGGGACUACUCCACCGAGCUGAGCGUCACCAUCGCUGUGGGCGCCUCCCUGCUCUUCCUCAACGUGCUGGCCUUCGCCGCACUCUACUACCGCAAGGACAAGCGCCGGCAGGACACACACCGCCAGCCCAGCCCCCAGCGCAGCGCCCCCAACGACAUUGGCCACACGCCUGAGGAGGAGAUCCCCUCCCUGCAGAUGAACCAGGCCCAUCACGAAUGCGAGUCAGGGCAGGCGCACGACGCCCUGCGGCUCACCUCCCUGCCCGACUACACGCUGACCUUGCGCCGUUCCCCAGACGACAUCCCUCUGAUGACCCCCAACACCAUCACCAUGAUCCCCAACUCCCUGGUGGGCCUGCAGACCCUGCACCCCUACAACACCUUUGCAGCAGGGUUCAACAGUGCGGGGCUCCCGCACUCACACUCCACCACCAGGGUAUAGCUCCAGGGGCUGUGCCCACCCAUGCCCGCACACACGCACGCACACCGGGGACACAGGCUGGGGCUGCGGGAGCUGACCGAUGCAGACUGGGCAGCACACACAGAUGGACCCACCCGGCGGGGCAGGGCGGAGCAGAGCCCCAGGGCCGGCAGGACCCCUAGUGCGAGACAGGUGGGCUGCUCGCCCCUCCGGCUCGCUCUUUAUUUUGUUGUUCUUAUUUUGUAAAGUGCUUUGACUCUCCAUGUGCAGAGAGGGCUGACGCCAGGGCAGCAGGGCCCAGCCAGAGCGGUGCAGGAGAACGGACAGCAGAGCAGGUGCAGAGAGCGUCACGCAGCCCUGCAUGCUGCAUCCCACUGGAAACCCCCAUGCAGGACAGUGAGAAGGACCCGCCUGCCCCCUGGCCUGUACAUGGCACUAGAGGACUCUGCACCCCUGGGGAGGUGGUGCCUCCCGGAGCCCUCUUCCCUACUGCCCAAGUACAUUGGGGACUGGCUAGGAGCUGUCCUUGGCAUUCUCUUUCCAUUGGACCUGUGGGGUUGAUUGAAAUUUGCCAUUCAAAGUGCCAUGGAAAAGGCUCCAGCACUCUAUCAAAUUGUGGUGUGAAGCAGCUGCCUUGGACCACUGGCACUGGUGGGUGGGCUCAGUGCCCGGGUUGUUGCUGGGUGGGUGGACUCAGUGCCCAGUCCGGCGCUGGGCAGGGGGGUUUGGUGCCUGGUCCAGCCCCGGGCAGGCGGGGGUUCAGUGCCUAGUCUGGCGCUGGGCGGAGGAGCUCGGUGCCCAGUCUGGUGCUGGGGGGGUGGGCAGGGCUCGGUGCCCGGUCUGGCGCUUGGAGGUGGGGGUGAGGGCUUGGUGCUUGGUCUGGCACUGGGGGGGGGGCGAGGGCUCAGUGCCCAGUCUGGCAGGCCAACCCUAGGUGUGGGGUCAGCACCUCUGCUCCUCUUGCUGCAGAGAAUCUCUUUUGUGUCGGUCGUGUCUCUUUGCAGAGAUGUUUUUAAGCAGAUCUUUAGUUCUUUACACACUAACAGAGUCACUGCGUUUUGUCCUUUGUAAAGAUUUUAAACCAGGUGUUCUUGAUAUAAAGUAAAAAGCCAGUUAGAAUCUCAGCGUGUGCCACGCUGCUCCCAUCAGCCAGGCCCCCGCUCGCUGCCUUCCCAAGAGAGACCAUCUGUGCCAUGCCACCAAACCAGCAGCCUGGCCAGCAGGGCACGUACCCGCGGGACUGCCAUGCAGCCCUCUUUUCUAUUUUUGAUAUUUCCCCUCCCCAGUUGUUCAUGUCUGUGUACUUCAGCCAAAUAACGUGUGUGCUAUGGCCCAAGUCUGUGAUCGUCGUUCUGCGCGGCCAACAGCCAUUGCCACCCGUCACACGCCUCGUCCCCACCGCACCGCCCGGCCUAGGACCCCUGCCCCUUCACUGAUACCCCGCUACACCGCACCUCACUGCUAAAUCCUGCUAAUGACCCUCCAUCCCCAUCAUUCGCUGGCUACCCCACCGCCCAGCUCCACCGUCUCCUCCUCUGCCAACUCCCCGCCCCAUCCCCUGCCGGCCCCCUCCCCGCCAUCCUCUGCCAACUCCCCCGUCCUCUGCCGGCCCCACCCCCGUCUCCUGUCAGCCCCCUUCCCACCAUCCUCUGCCAGCUCCCCCACCUCCUGCCAGCCCCCUCCCACCCCAUCCUCUGCCAGCUUCCCCUCCCCACCAUCCUCUGCUGGCUCCGCCCACCCCCAUCCUCUGCCAGCUCCCCCACAUCCCUGCCCCCGUCCUCUGCUAGCCCUGCCCCAGUCCUCUACCGGUUCCCCCCCCCAACACCAGUCUUCUGCCAGCUCCCCUCCCCGCAAUCCUCUGCAACUCUUGAUGUUUUUCACCACUGCCGUUGCCAUAUCUUACUGCCCUCUGCCAGUCCCAUUGCUGCUCCCAUCCUUCGCCAGCCCUGUUGCCUGCCACGUUCUGCCUCUGUCCCUGCCUUGUGCCUCUGGCUCCACUCUGCCCCUGUGGGAGCUGCUGUGGGUCAGUGCAGGGACACGGGGUCAGCCAGCUGCACAGGAGAGCCCUGGCUCACCCAGCCUGGUGUGGAGAGGACUCAGCUCAUGCCAGGGGGAGGGGGCCACCUACUUGGGUAGUGCAGUGAAUGGUGUGUGGGGGGGGUCACACAGUAUGUGGGGCUCAGGGUAAGUUUUAUUGACAUCUCAGCUCAGUCCUUGCUAGACACUUCUCUACCUCCCAGAAAGACCUCAAUGUUCUAGCAGUCACCACUCAGGAGUGGCCAGGUCUGUGGGGCAGGAUGGAGGGGCACUGUCAGGGCUGUGGGGGAGUCCAGGGCUGGGCUAGCAGGAACAUGUAGCACAGCUGGGUAAAGUUGGGGUGAUAUGAGUUUCUUCCAUUCUCAGCACUGGAGGACUCUGCAUGGGGCAGCCCCGGGGGAGCAGCCCUCGAGCCCAAACACAGCUAUCGCCCUGGAGGGGGAGAGACCCAUGGCUGCAUUGAACCCGGGCUGUUGGACACAAGCUGCCCUUGGCCAUUCCCUCCAUGCGCGGGAGCACUGAACUGUACACCAUGGCUGUGCCCGAGGAUGCCCCCCUAGGGUGCCAAGGGAAGGGGGGCCCUGGCAGAGGCACCCUGAGGCAGCGCCUGCCCACAUGCGAGCUGAUGCGGCAUGCUCCAGGCAUCAGUGUCCGGACACAAGCGGGCUCGGGGGGUGCAGGGGUUGGGCCCCAGCCAGUGAGAGGCCAGGGGCUAACCCACUCCCCCAGCAGCUCCGCAGAGCAGAGCAUUCUGCGCCAAUGGCUAGGCCCCUCCUGCCUCCCCCUGCAUGGCUGCUGGCUGACAUGGGCACGCUUCGCUCGCUCCACAGGACCAAGCCAGAGCUGCGGCCAUGCGCCUCCCUCCCCCUGGAUCUGCCCCCCACCCUCCCGCCACCCUUGGGCUCUGCUCUCUGCGCCUCCCCCACAGGGCCUGACUCCCACCCCAGGGCUCUGCCACCUGAUCCCGCCCCCCCCAGGGCCUGAGUCCUCUCCUCCCCCCAGGGCUCUGUGACCUAUUUCCUCCCGCCCCAUCCCAGUUGGGUCAAAGGAGACCAGAGCCAGGCCCGGCCCAUUCUGAGAUGGUCGGCCAGGUGUGCAUUCCCCAUUUCAUGCCAUUGAGGGCAAUGUAGGGGAUCUCCCCAAAAACGGGGAGGGGCAGAGCAGGGCCUUGGGGCAGGGAGGGCACGUGGGGGCAGAGCAGGACACCAGGGCAGAGCAGGCGAUGCGGGGUCUCGGGUAGGAGGGGGGCUUGGGCAGAGCUGUGCUGAGUGCAGAAUGUAUUUAUACCAUCACCUGCGCAGAGUAACAAACUCCAAAUAAAACAAAUGCU